GUCACCAGGACAUACACAAGAUUGAUACAGCACAAUGCAGCACAAGACAACAAACACCUAACAAUGAUUGUUCAUGGUUUUGGUGGAUGACUCUCAACUGGCUGUUUAGGGAAUUGGCCCCAGAUCCUGACAUGACCCCAAAGCCUCUCAUGGUGACUCCUGAUGUCCAUCAUCCACUAUGUGACCAACGCAAGGACAUGCCCCUCAGAAGAACAGCCUCGGAGCCCAUCCUGAAGGUGAAGAGUAAACUGAAGAAGCACAUCAACUCCAGACAGAACCCUCUCCAACGCAAAACCAGUGCUCCCCCUACUGUCAAGCACAGAACGCCGGACACUCAGGACUAUUCCCCCAGCAGCAGUAGCACUCCAGUGUCGGGGUGCAGCUCGCCCAAUGACAGCCUCCUCUCAGAUAGCCCACUUACUACCGGACUGGCCCACGAGGUGAGCCCCACUCAACCCCCCUCCACCAUUCGCACCUCUAUCCUCCAACCCCACUGUACUCCCAAGUACAAUAUAAGUAUAUUGUAACAAUGAGUAAUUACAAUACUGGUAACUAUAAGAAUAAUUUCACAGUAAAAAUUAUCACACUAAUGUUAAGUGUGACCCAGUUUAUGUAUACAAUAUGCUAUUGUAAUUUUUUUUAAAGAUGCUAAAACUGAUUUUAAUUCAUGAAAUCUGUUCCAAAGCAUUCCCAUGAAUAAAAAAUGAGACAUAAGUGAUCGUAUAUCGAUGUA